GGGGACGUGCAGAACUGUUUUACCCACAUUUUUCGUAACGUAGCAUGUAUGUACCAGUACAGAUCCCGUUGUUGUUACGCUCGGCAUCGUAUUUCAUCAGAUGGACAAUGAUGCCAUCAACAGACCAGGGAGGGCCCGACCAAUCCGAAAGUGGGAGUGCUGAUUCCUGCGAUCCCAUUGGCCGCUGUGGCUCUGAGCAGACAGUAGGAGCAUGUGAGGUGGGUCUCUGUGCAUGCUCAGUUUUGGCACACAGCACAAGAGGAUAUUACACAGAGAGAGAGAGAGACAGAGGCAGAGGCAGGGACAAGGACAGUAGCAACAGUAGCACUUUUAGCUCAUGGUAAACUCGUCAAGCUCUUCUGAACACAAUGGUUGUUCCAGAUUCAGAGGACAAAGUGUACUACCCGCCUUUACAUCUACAACGGGAUGCUCACGUUCCAGAUUUUAACACUUACUUGGCACGCUACAAGAAGUCUAUCGAGAAUCCAGAAGCUUUUUGGAAAGAUGUAGCCGAUGAGUUCUUCUGGAAGAAACCCGCCACGGGACCAGCGCUUCAGUACAACUUUGACGUGACAAAAGGAAACGUCUUUGUCAAAUGUUUGGAGGGUGCGAAGACAAAUAUAUGUUACAACAUCGUGGACCGGCACGUCAAAGAGGGAAACCUGGGAGAGAAGGUGGCCUAUUACUGGGAGGGUAACUCUCCAGACCAUCACUCAGAGAUCACCUACAGUCAACUGCUGAGCCAGGUCUGCAGAUGUGCCAAUGUGCUCAAGAAACUGGGCGUGCAGAAGGGAGACCGAGUGUCCAUCUACCUCCCCAUGGUCCCAGAGCUCGUCUACUCCAUGUUGGCCUGCGCGAGGAUCGGGGCUGUACACUCUGUCGUGUUUGCAGGUUUCUCCUCCGAGUCUCUGUGUGAGAGGAUUGUAGAUGCCCAGAGUUCUGUCCUGAUCACAGCAGAUGGAGUGUAUCGAGGAGAGAAGUUGAUAAACCUAAAGCAGAUUGCGGAUGAAGCUCUUGAGAAAUGCAAAGAGAGGGACUGUUCCAGUGUGGCCAAGUGUCUGGUGGUUAAACAUCAGGCUCUGAGGACCAAGAGCGGAGCUGCCUGCAACAAACUACAGACGCCCUGGGACCCGUCAUGUGACGUGUGGUGGGACGAGGUGAUGAGGGACAGCUCUGACCAGUGUGAGCCUGAGUGGAUGGAGUCAGAAGAGCCUCUGUUUAUCCUCUACACCAGCGGCUCCACAGGAAAACCCAAGGGCGUCCUCCACACAGUAGCCGGGUACCUCUUGUACACGUAUCUGACAUUUAAGUACGUUUUCGAUUAUCACCAUGGAGACGUGUUCUGGUGCACCGCGGACAUCGGCUGGAUCACUGGACACUCCUACAUCACCUACGGACCUCUGGCCAACGGAGCUACAAGUGUACUGUUUGAAGGAAUCCCCACCUAUCCUCACGUGGGAAGACUUUGGGAGAUCAUCCAAAAAUACAAAGUGACCAAGUUUUACACAGCCCCCACCGCCAUCCGCCUGCUCAUGAAGUACGGACGAGAGACGGUGCAAAAGUACGACCUGUCCAGUCUGCAGAUCCUGGGCUCUGUGGGGGAGCCCAUAAACCCUGAGGCCUGGCUCUGGUAUCACUCUGUGGUGGGACAGGCCCAGUGUCCUGUGGUGGACACCUUCUGGCAAACCGAGACUGGAGGUCACGUGCUCACUCCUCUUCCUGCAGCGACUCCUCUCAAACCGGGCUCUGCGACGUUCCCGUUCUUCGGAGUGGAGCCGACCAUUCUGAACGAGCACGGAGAGGAGCUGGAGGGAGAGGGCGAGGGGUAUCUGGUGUUCAGGAGGCCGUGGCCUGGGAUCAUGAGGACACUGUACAAAAACCAGGACAGAUUUGAAAGCACCUACUUCAAGAAAUUCCCAGGAUUCUACGUGACGGGGGACGGCUGCAGGAGAGACAAAGACGGAUAUUACUGGAUCACAGGAAGAAUCGACGACAUGCUCAACGUGUCAGGUCACCUGCUGAGUACCGCGGAGGUGGAGGGUGCCCUGACAGAGCACCCUGGGGUGGCAGAGGCGGCCGUGGUGGGGCGCCCUCAUAAGGUCAAAGGGGAGUGUCUGCACUGCUUCGUCUCUCUGAAGGGAACGUCUGAGUUUAACCACAGCCUGGUGCAGGAGCUCAAGACUCUGGUGAGAGAGAAAAUUGGACCAAUCGCUACACCAGAUUUCAUCCAGAACGCUCCAGCUCUGCCCAAAACACGCUCAGGUAAGAUCCUGAGGCGAGUUUUGAGGCAGGUCGCUCGUAACGACAGAGAUCUGGGAGACCUGUCCACUCUGGCCGAUCCUAAAGUCGUGGAACAACUGUUUCACCAGAGGAACGAAGGAGCAGCAUGAACGAAAGAGAAAAGAGAGAGGGAAGGAGAGAGGGAGAAAUCAGGGAAAAGAGGAGGCGUAUGAAUAUGCAGUGGUACAAAUGAAAGUUGUCAGUGAUGAGUGCACUACUUUUUCAAACCAAACAAGCUUUAUAUAUAACUGUAGGUGAAAUGUGAAACAGCACUACUAUACUGUAAAUACUCGAGUUUAAACGUGACUAACUGGCCAGGACAUGAAUGCUUUUACUUCUACACUUUUGACUCGAUGUUAUCACAAAAAAAUGGCGUUUAUAUUCCACUUGUACAUCUGUUUUGUGCGUAUCAUGAGAAUUAGUGGAGCUUUGUUUUUUAAGGAUUCUUGUCAUUUACAUGGUUGCUCCAGACAGAAAUGUGUUUUUUUUUGGGCCAAAUUUUAAAAACAGACCCCACUCACGAGAAUAUAGUUCUUUUGUUUGUAUUUUCUAGAAAAGAUAUGUAUAUUUUUUGAGUCUCUUUAUCAAAAUUAAAUUGUUGCACAUUGGA